UUGUGCAGUUCCUCCUGGUCUCACCUGUUCUCCUGCAGCGAGGGAGCACACGGCGACAUGGCCUCACAGGGAUGGAUACUGGCUCUCUGCUUCUCUCUGGCUUCAGUUUUUGGAACCACGGAAUCUGUGACAACAGCACACACUCAGAAAUACACUUGUAAGACGUUUGGCAGCGGCGUCGUCCAGCCUUUCAACGGUUCAAGCUUUUACGUGCGCUCCAACUGCCCGUUCACCUUCACCCACUUCACCCACAACCGAGUUGAAUGCGACAUCACCGUGCAGAGAGGGGCCAGCGGGCUGCUGGUCCAGGUCGAGAUCAUCAUCAACAAAGUCAGGACCAUUCUGCGCAAUGGAAGCAUACUGGUGGAGAUGAAGAGUGUUUCCCUUCCUUAUGACCACACCUACCAGCAUAUUUUUCGCUAUGGCAUCUACACCAGACUGAGGAGCACCUUGCUUCCUCUGUCUGUCACCUGGCACAAUGCAGCUAAGGGGAUUGACACACUGUGGGUGGAACUGGACCAGGAGCUCAGCGCUGACAUGACUGGACUGUGUGGAAAACACAACAUGCCAGCCAACAAACAGCUGUUGAUCACAGAGAGCGUGCUUAGCGAGGACACAUGUCAAACCCGAGAUACUGUUGCUGCUAGUAAUACAGUAUGCAGUCAAUUCUUUUCCCACACCUUGGAUUGUCUGCAAGCUCAAACACCUCAUUAUAUUCAACUCUGUGGCAAGAACAGUUACACCUAUGAAAAUAGCAAAUCCAUCAACUGCGCUUUCUUCAAAGAAAUUGUCUGGCGUUGUGGGAACACCAGCUAUGUCUGGAACUUAUGGAGAGCCCUUACGCAAUGUGCUCCGCCGACUUGUCCUGGAGACCUGGUUUAUGUAGAGCAAGGUCCAGCCUUUGUUCCUAGCUGCUCCAAUCCAAACCCACGGUUGACCAGCCAGGAUCUCACCAGUUCCUGCAUCUGCCCAAAUGGUAAGGUGCUUAAUGAUCGCUCAGAUGGCUUCCACUGUGUCGAUGAGUCCAGCUGCUCCUGUGUGUUCGCCGGCCAGAGCUUUGCAACUGGAGACAUACGAAGCACCAAGUGUCAGUCAUGCCGGUGUAAUGGUGGGAAGUGGAUUUGCUCUGGUAACUUCUGCCCAUCCAGAUGUCUCAUUGAAGGACAGUUUGUGACAACCUUUGAUGGCAAACGAUAUAUUGUUCCUGGUAAAUGUACAUACGUGGCCUCGCAGGGUCUCAACUGGACAAUAACAGUUGAGUUUUCUGAAAAAGAACCAUCUCUGAAAACUGUUGUUCUCCAGCUUUUCCAGGAAAUUUACACAUUCACGCAGAACACGCUUAAAUUUGGAGACCAAGAAAUUACUGAACUUCACCAGUCUGAUCAUGCCCUGGUUUUCUGGCAGUCCUCAAUGUACGUUCAAGUCCACACAUCAUUUGACAUGAAGAUCCAAGUCCAGAUGUCUCCAGAAAUCCAGCUGUACAUCACACCGCCUAGAAACUACAAUGGCGUGAUUUCAGGUCUUUGUGGCAACAGCAACAAUGACACCACAGAUGACUUCACCACCAGCAGCGGGAUCGUCGAGAACUCAGCCCAACCUUUCGCUCUGUCCUGGAGUGUGGGCAGCUGUGCCGUGAACAUACCUCCAACCUGCGUCAGCGCUGACAAUGAAAUAUUUGCUGAUGAAAAGUGUGCUGUGUUGAACAACCCAACUGGGAUCUUUGCUCUGUGCCACGGCCAUAUCCCAACUGAUGAGUACCACACAGCCUGCAUCCAAAGAACAUGCAACUGUGGCAGCAAUCUGCUGCAGUGCUGGUGUGUCGCUCUGAGCAGCUAUGCCAAGGCCUGCGCUGGACUGGGGAUUGAAGUUGGCAACUGGAGGAAGGCUACCAACUGCACCCUGAAGUGUCAAAAGAACCAAGAGUUCUCUUACGACGUACUGGCCUGCAACCGUACGUGCCUCUCCCUGUCCGGGCCGGACCCUCGCUGUGGGCUGGAAGAUGCUCCCGUGGAGGGCUGUGGCUGCCCCGAAGAAACCCACCUGAAUGUUGGACACACCUGCACCCCAAAGGCAGAGUGUCCGUGUCACUACAACGGUGGCACGACACCCCCGGGGCACGUCGUUAUUGACGGACGACAGUGCCUUUGCGAGAAUGGAGAACUGCACUGUUCCAAGGAUUGUGGCUGCAUGAAUGGGAAGGUUUGUGUUCACUGCUCAGAGUACCCAGUUAACACGGCUCAGAAGACUUGUGACAGUCUCAGCAGACCACUGGGUACCAACACGACCUGUGUGAGUGGCUGCUACUGCCCGUAUGAUCAGUAUGAAGAUCACCACGGGAACUGUGUUUCUGUGCACAACUGUACCUGCAUGUACAGUGGCAAAGUAUUCGGCGCAGGAGAGCAUGUCAAAACCAAGUGUAAAACAUGUGUCUGUGGACAGGGUCAGUGGCACUGCACAGAUGAGCCGUGUCCAGGGACAUGUCAAGUCUAUGGAAACGGUCAUUACCAGACCUUUGACACUAAGUGGUAUCGCUUUGACGGACACUGUCAGUACACGCUAGUAGAGGAUUACUGUGGAAGCACGAAUGGCACCUUCUCAGUGAGAGUGGAGAGUGUACCCUGCUGCGAUGAGGCACUCACCUGCUCUCGCUCCAUCGUCCUGGACCUACAGAACAAAGUCACUCUGACGAUGAGUGACAUGAAGGUGACCAAACAAAUCCAAAAUGGCUGGACUGUGGAGCAAGAUUUACUUUUCACCACGCACACCGUGGGACUCUAUAUCAUAAUCUCAGUGCCAAGCAGAGGUAUAACCCUCAUAUGGGACAAACACACCCGGAUCACAAUAGAAUUGCAUCAGAAAUGGAGGAACAAAGUGUGUGGCCUCUGCGGGAACUUUGACUCCAAUGAAAUGAAUGACUUGGAGACACGUGGCUCAGCAGUGUUGGCCGGUCCCUUGGACUUUGGAAACAGCUGGAAGGCCGCCACUCCACCUUGCUCUGAUGUGACCACUGAGAUAUUUCCAUGUGAGCGCAACUCUUACUGCUCAGCCUGGGCCCAGCGGCGCUGUAUGAUCCUUAGGGGAGACACCUUCAAAGAUUGCCACUUUAAGGUGGAUCCAGAGCCAUACUACCAGGCCUGUGUGCAGGAGUCUUGCUCCUGUGAGUUUGAAGGGAAAUUCUUGGGCUUCUGCACAGCUGUGGCAGCUUAUGCAGAGGCCUGCAGUGAUCAGGAUGUCUGCAUAAAUUGGAGAACACCUGAUUUGUGCCCGGUCUACUGUGACUACUACAACGAACAGGGCCAGUGUAGCUGGCACUAUGAAGCCUGUGGUAGGACGUUAACCUGUGGCAACUACUUAUCUCACAAGCUGGAAGGCUGCUACCCCAAAUGUCCAAAGGAGGUACCAUUUUAUGACGAGAAUACUGGUGAAUGCACCACAUUGAAGAACUGCACCUGUUAUUUCAAUGACACUGUCGUUCCUUCUGGAAAAGUGCUGAUAAUAAACUCUAUUGAGUGCCCCUGUGAAAAUGGAAUAAUCAGUUGCUCACCUCCACCUACAACUGCACCUACCACCAUCCCAACAACAAGUACUCCCAGUACAACUGCUUCAACUACCAGCGAAACAACUUAUACUACUGUUACGACAUUGAUUACUACUAUUAAUGUUUCAACUACCACUGAAACAUGGUCAACUCUACCCACCCCCUCAACACCAGCAACUACAGCCAUAACUACCACUGAAACAUGGACCACUGAGCCACCCACCACCUCAACGCCAGUAUCUACUCUAGCUACCACUGAAACAUGGACCACUGAGCCAUUAACCACCUCAACACAAACAUCUACCCUAGCUACCGCUGAAACAUGGACCACUGAGCCAUCCACCAUCGUAACAGGAGGUGCUUUAGCUACCACUGAAACAUGGACCACUGAGCAUACCACCAACUCCAUACCAACAUCUACUCUAGCUACCACUGAAACGUGGACCACUGAGCCUCCCACCACCUCAACACAAACAUCUACCCUAGCUACCACUGAAACGUGGACCACUGAGCAUACCAUCAACUCCAUACCAACAUCUACUCUAGCUACCACUGAAACAUGGACCACUGAGCAUUCCACCAACUCCACACCAACAUCUACUCUAGCUACCACUGAAACGUGGACCACUGAGCCUCCCACCACCUCAACACCAACAUCUACUCUAGCUACCACUGAAACAUGGACCACUCAGCAUACCACCACCUUCACACCGACAUCUACUCUAGCCACCACUGAAACAUGGACCACUGAGCAUACCACCAACUCCACACCAACAUCUACUCUAGCUACCACUGAAACGUGGACCACUGAGCCUCCCACCACCUCAACACCAACAUCUACUCUAGCUACCACUGAAACAUGGACCACUGAGCAUACCACCAACUCCACACCAACAUCUACUCUAGCUACCACUGAAACAUGGACCACUGAGCAUACCACCAACUCCACACCAACAUCUACCCUAGCUACCACUGAAACAUGGACCACUGAGCAUACCACCAACUCCACACCAAUAUCUACUCUAGCUACCACUGAAACAUGGACCACUGAGCAUACCACCAGCUCCACACCAACAUCUACUCUAGCUACCACUGAAACAUGGACCACUGAGCAUACCACCAGCUCCACACCAACAUCUACUCUAGCUACCACUGAGCAUACCACCAGCUCCACACCAACAUCUACUCUAGCUACCACUGAAACAUGGACCACUCAGCAUACCACUAGCUCCACACCAACAUCUACUGCAGCUACCACUGAAACAUGGACCACUGAGCAUACCACCAACUCCACACCGACAUCUACUCUAGCCACCACUGAGCGUACCACCACCUCACCACCAACAUCUACUCUAGCUACCACUGAAACAUGGACCACUGAGCAUACCACCACCUCCACACCGACAUCUACUCUAGCUACCACUGAGCAUACCACCAUCUCAACACCAACAUCUACUGUACCACCCUGUAAGUGUACAGACCUGAAGAAGAAAGAAAUGCGGGAUUGUGGUGAUACAUGGGUAGAGGACUGCUUCUAUAAGAAGUGUGAAAAAGAGAAGAUAGAGUUGACCCCAUUGCCUCGUCCAGAGAUUAUGGUUCCCACCUGUCCUAGAGAUCUGCUCACAUAUGUCUCAGAUGGAUGCUAUGACAUUCCUAAGUGUAACUGUCAAUGUGAGCUGUAUGGAGACCCACACUACAUCUCAUUCCAAGGAGUAACCUUUGAUUUUCUGGAUGAAUGCACCUACAUCCUUGUGGAGGAGCGGUCACCACGUCAUAAUCUAACCAUUGCUGUGGACAACUUUUACUGUAUAUCAGGCCUUCAGGGCUCCUGUGCUAAAGGCAUCAUCCUGAAAUAUCAGAACAAUAUAGCUACCCUCAGUAUCGUCCCAGAUUUGUUUGCAGUACAGGUCACUCUGAACAACGUCACCAUACAGCCGCCAUAUGAAGAGCAUGGACUAAAGUUUGAGACAACAGGGUACAAGGUCUCAAUUUAUCUCCCAGAGAUCCGCUCUUUUGUCUCCCUCACUCCAACUUAUAACCUGGUGGUCAAUCUGGCUAUGGAGCACUUCGUCAACAACACACAGGGACAAUGUGGUGUAUGUGGUGGUGCAUCAUGUGUUCGUAAGGGAGGGAAAAUCGAGGAUGACACUUGCUGUGAUAAGACAGCCUAUGACUGGGUGUAUCCUGAUCCUCUGAAGCCAGCCUGUGUUUCUGCACCAAGGGAUGUACCUUGUUUUUCUGUGACAACACCCACUGCUACCCCUUCAACCUGCCCCCCAAGCCCACUAUGUGAACUGCUAGACCACCCAGUCUUUGAAAGUUGCAGGCAACAUGUGGAUCUGAGCCUUAAAAAGAAGAACUGCAAGUUUGAUUCGUGUCAGAAUCCAAACGGUUCUUGCUCUUCUCUGGAACAAGCUGCUGAGGAAUGUAAAGCGGUGGGUUUCUGCAUUGACUGGAGAAAGCUUACCAAUGGAAUUUGUGAUGUGCCGUGCAGGAAAGGACUGGUUUACAGAGAGUGUCAAAACAAGCUGGACGACUUCUGCGACGGAGGAAAGCGCUACCCGGGGUCCUCCCUGGAGAAGAGCAGCACAGGCUGUUUCUGUCCUCCCAACCUAAUUAGGGCAGGAAAAUAUUCAGACGUCUGCUUGCCUGACUGUGACUAUUGCAAAGGACCAGAUGGAACAAUCAAACUACCUGGUGAAGUGUGGCAGUCCAAUUGCCAACUUUGUAGGUGUAACAACCAGACUCUGACCGAGGAGUGUUCUCCAAAACCUCCCAAGCCGGCCCCUCUCUGCGGCCCUUACGCUGUUUUAAAGAACACGUCUUGCUGUGGUGAUCCAGUUUGUGUUGACCAGAACUGCAUUUAUCAAGGACAGACGUACAGGCUGGGUGACAAAUGGACAGACCCGGCUCAUCCCUGCAUGUCAUUCAGCUGCAGCGCAGAUGGCAUUCUGACCGAGGCUAGAGCAUGUUCCACAGAGAGCUGCCCAGAGGAGGACAGAAUCUGGGACGGCCAAACCUGCUUUACAUGUAACCAGACUUGUGCACCCAGGGUGUCCAGCGUCAACAUCACCAUAGACAACUGUACCGCCGUCGCACAGAUGCCGGUGUGCAAGGGACAGUGCGCGUCUCACGUCAGGGUGGUGUUGAACGGUGACCUGCGGGUGCAGCAGGACAGCAGGUGCUGUCAGGAGCGGGACUCGGUGGAGGGAAUGGUGACCCUGCAGUGCUCCGACCUCACCUCCAGACGAUACGCCUACCGGCACAUCACCAGGUGCGAGUGUCGAACUUGCGGUAUAUGGCGCUGAAAUGCACAGGGAGCGCACACCAAAGCCAGGAGUAAAAGAACUUCGCACUGAGCACAGUAGAUUUGUCAAAUCUUUUGUGAUCAAAUUUAAUUGAUGAUUAAAAUCUGCCAAAUCUGUUUCUGUCAAAUAAAGGGAAUCGUUUUAAUC